GCUUGAAUAUCUGUGCACUUGUACUUAUAUUGCUGGAAACAUGCCUUCUCUGCUUUACGUAUCUUCUGUCCUGCUAGCCACGUCAUCUGCGACAGUAACAUACCUUUAUUUCUUCCACCGUUCUCUCGGACAUCGGCUCCACCACGAGUUCCACCAAAACACUCUUCCCGAUUCCGUUUCUACAAUCGCAUCGCUUCCCCCCAAAGUAUUUAGUGGAGAAUGUCGUACAUUUUAUGACCAUGCUUCUCGCCGCAUCGAUCGUAAACUACUCCCAACGCGAAAGCUAGAAGACAUAUUUACUCUCUUUCUACGUCGCAACAUGACAGCUUUCUCCCGCUUUCCUCAGGCUUGGAUAAUCCGGUUGAAUGUCACACCUGUAGAUCGCAGAACAUUUCAUGCGUCUCAUAUUCAGUCGCUGCAGUUCAAAGAGGGCGACCUCAUUUGCGGUCUCUACCGCGUUCAAGAACGGGCAGACAACAGAGUCGUGCUAGAGCUUCUUUUCGAGGGGGAAGUGAGUGGACGACUGGUCUUGCGAUAUUGGGAGGAUGGUGACGACGUUGUAUUCUGCACUGAUACGAUCAUGUGGAUAGGAAAGGCUCCCAGCGGACAAAGAAAGCGAGUCAUUGUGCCUCUGGAGAAUCCCAUUCUUCGUUUCUUGCAUGAGCUGGCAGCGUGGUGGUUGAUUGAUUCCGGCGUGGCUUAUCUGAUGGAUCUUAAGGCAGCCGAGCCGAUGUUGGAGAAACGCGCUGAAUGAAAAUAGGCAGGUUCCUUGAGGAACACGAUGCUAGUGUUGAAUGGAGCUGCAUAUAGACUAUUCCUCGAGAUGAUUUUUUGUUUUGUGACUUUGUUCUCUUGUUUUCCUUUCAUUAUGGUCGCUAUUAUCGUUUUAGUGUAUAAAACACCUUCUGUGGGCGUUAAG